AUGACCACGCGAACGCCCUCGUCCGAAUCGCAGACGCAGUCCGCCGAAGAGAUUCGCACGUUGCGCGUCCCGUGGGUCGUGGUAGUUUGUAUUGGUUCGUUGUGGUCGGUUCACGACGACCCGAUCGGCCACAGGAUGUGGGGGUUGGGUAGUAAGCCUCAACCAGGACCGGAUUUAGAGGAGGGCAACCGAGGCUACAGCCCCAGGGUCUGCACAAAAGAGAGGCCCCCACAA